AUGCAGGGACUGCAUUAGGAAUCAUUUAAUUCUCCUUCCUCUUCUCACAUCUCUGACGACUACAUAAAAUCAAGUGACACAUUAGAAACCUUUAGUAAUUCUUUAUUCAACAAUGAAUUAGAAUGUAAUUCGACACCGAAAGUAAUCUAUUGUAUUCUAUCAAAGGCUAAAAAAUAUUCGACUAUCCCAAUCAAAAAGAAAAUCAAUAAAGAAUUAGUUUUUAAUAUUAAACAUAAUAGUGGUCAUUGGACACCUGAAGAACAUUAGACAUAUGAAGAAUUUCUUGAAAAACAUCAUGCUACAACUAUGUAAAAUUAAUAAAAUAGAAAAAAUAAUAAAAUCUUUAAAUUGAUGUCUGAAAUAAUUGGAACACGUUCCCCUUCUUAAUGCAGGUAUAUAAAACAGAUUUUAAAUAAAUAGGUCUCAUCAUUAAAAAUUUAAUCCUUACACACCGGCUGGUUAGAAAAGAAUAAAGAAAAAUAAAAAAAAAAUGAGUAUCAAAAAAAAUUAUAAUAUUAGAUAUUGACACUCAAAUUUCUUUGCAUAAUCCAAGUUAAUUUUUACAGCAUUUCACUCCAGAACUACGACCUAAUCAAGGUUUUAAUCAUAAUUGACCUUAGAACUUCUUCCAAGCAUUUAAGAUCAAGACGAACAUUAAGGAUAUCUUUGUGAUGAAUCCCAAAGACUCAGAAUUCGAAGAUAUUCACUUGAUAAUCUUGAAGAUAGUUACCAUUUCAAUAUUCCUCAUAACAAUUAAUUUUUUAAUGAAUUUUUUUAUGAUUGA